AUUCACCAUUUCAUUUCUUGUUUCCAGUGGGAGCUAGGAGGAAGUUAUAGUCUCCAAGUAGAAUGAUGGAAGAUGAUGAUGGUGAUGCUAAUGCAAUACCAAUCCAGCAUAUAAAGCACUUCUUAGAAACUUUAGCUAAGGCUGCCAUGGACUUGUUAGGAAAUCUCCCCAAGGGACUAAAAGGUAGCAUGAUCGAAACUCAAGUCCUUCAAAAUCUCUACCCUAUUCGCGUCUGGAGAGACUUGAUUCAUUGCAAUUUCGUAGUGCCCCAAAGCUUAUCUGAUGGAGAUGGGAGGUGGCGUGCAGGAGCAAUUGCGACUUUGAUUGAGAUUAUUGGUGCUUGUGCUGUAUAUACUUCCGUUGGAAACCUCAGUGUUUCUGUUGAAUUCAAUGUUUCUUACUUCUCCACUGGAAAAAUUCAGGAAGAAGUGGAGAUUGAAGCUAAAGUUUUGCUCGGACAUAAAGGAAAUCUUUCUUCAGUGGUGGUGGUGAUUAAAAAGAAACAAAAUGGUGAUUUGGUUGCUAUAGGGAAACAAUGGAAGUCGGCUUUUGAUAUCAAUCUUAAAAGUCAUUGGUGUUCAACAUUAUAAUUCAAGAAAUCAUGAUCAAAAGACAAAAAAACAUUGGUGUCACACUGCCAUUAGUUAGAUUUCUACAAGAUCAUCCACAAUAGUGCUUGUAGGAUUAGCCAAAGGAUGUCCAACACUAUACGAUCCCAUACUGGCAGGUCCUCGAGCUUCACAGUUGAAAUCUCCAUGGAAUCAAUUGGAGAGUGGAUCCUCGGAACUUGUUGGCUGCUUCUUGUAAUUGGUCCGGAACUAACUCAUUGGUUUGCUUGAGCACCCGUAAACUUAUAGCUCGAUGAAGAAAAUCACUCAAGUUCUCAGAGUCUAACCAUUAUCUUCUUCUGCAACUGCAUCAAAGAAAAUAGGGAUUUCAAGACCCCCAGAAUUAUGUCUUUG